ACCGCUCAAUUGAACCCGUUCAAUUGAACUGCUCUCUCCUCCUUCCGCAAUCCCACACCUGCUCUUGUACCACUUCUCUGCUCUGCCUCCGCCUUUGCUUUUCCACGCACUCCCUUCCUUCACCGCCUUCUCCUUCCCCUCACUGCACUCUCGAGAUCCCAUUCCCCUUUCCCCCCCCUCUCUAGAAACUGGAUUCAGCCGCUCAUUCCAUUCAUGUGUCAAAUGGCAAAGUCCCUGCCAGGAUUCGGACACUCAUUCGAACCCCUGGCUGAUCUACCCUCGCCCGAUCCUCAACCUCUUUCCAGAUCUCAUUCUCAUUCUCAUUCUCAUUCUCAUUCCAGUUCGCGGGCACAUCCACAUCCCACCACGCCCUCCAUGCAACCUUCAACUGCGCAUCUCCCCUCAAGCACAGACGUUGUUGUCGUUGGAAAUGGACCCGCCGGGAUCUUGCUAUCGCUCCUGCUGACUGGCUAUGAACCCUACUAUCACGCGGAUCCAACCCGCCCACACCCUGAUCCGAUCCUGCAUCGCAUGCUGGCGCCCUCUGCGCUGACGGAGAGCAGACCGCGAUCAUUGCAUAGCCAGAUACCAAUGAUCACCUAGGAAUGCUCUUCUCUAAGCAAAAAUGCAACGCAAAAAGCAGGAUAUAGGUUUAGAUGGCUUUGUCAUUCGUGGGUGGACUAUAUGAA